CGAAUCCCCAUUUGGGAGGUCGACUUCCGUAUUAAUCAUUCAACUGGCCAUGCGCCAGAAACUAAAAUUGUCAGCCUCUAGCUCUCUGGUCAGCCCACUGCAGGAAAGACACAAAUGUCGGCGGUGGUAACUCCUAUCUUAAAUACCCCAAAAUGUACUCCUUCAGAACGUAUACCAUUAUCCUACUCGCCGGAAUUUUCUCCUACCUUACUUCCACUGCCGUUGCGGUUCCAGCUGGUCCAGUACCAAAGACAAAGGAGCAUAUGGGGGUUGGUAUAAAUUUACCCAAGGAGCGAGCUGACCCCGAUGACCUACCAUUGGCAAAGCGCGGUGACGAGAGGGAGACUUAUUCUCCAACAGGAAAAGGACAUGCCGACGCCGAAGUUAUCUCACCAUUCGCAGACACAGAAUUCUAGUUCCCUUCUGUACACCGCCAGGCUUAUACCGCGAAUGAUUUGGGCUGUCGAAAUAUUAUGAUUGCCUACUAUUCUUUACGAAUGCAUGUGAAGCGCU